AUAAAAGUUAGGUAGUACUAUGACUAUCAACGGUCUUUCCCGCCUAAAAUCACAAAUACCUUUCUUCCCCAAAACAACUCCAUUCUCCCUUCUUCACUUCUUCCAUUCAACUUCUAAACUCCCUUCUUCCUCUUUCCAUCUAAACGCAAAUGGUAUCGUUAACCUUACUUCAACAGAGCAAACCCUGAUGUCCCUUUUCAAAAAGUGUUCAACCAUAAAAGAUAUAACCCAACUCCACGCUCGUAUAAUCCAGUCCGGCCUUCACCAAACCCUCUUUGUAAUCGGAAAAAUCAUUUUGUUUUGCGCUGUUUCAGAGCGUGGAGACAUGGAUUACGCCGUCUCUGUGUUUGAAAACAUUCAAAACCCUGAUGGGUUUCUUUAUAAUACUAUGAUUAGAGGGUUUAGUAGAAGUUGUCUGUUUGUAAAAGCUUUUGAUUACUAUAAGGGGAUGCAGAACAAAGGGUUUUCAUCUGAUAAUUUCACCUUCUCUUUCUUGUUCAAGAUUUGUGGGCAGUUGGGAUCGAUUGGUUUAGGCCAACAAAUGCAUUCUAGUGCUCUGAAACAUGGCCUUGAAUCGCAUGUUUUUGUGAGGAGCAGUCUCAUACACAUGUAUGGAAUGGUGAAGGAGAUUGAAACUUGUUGCAAACUGUUUGAGGAAAUGCCUCAACCAAAGUUAGUUGCUUGGAAUACCAUCAUUGAUUGUCAUGUUUGUUGUGGAAAAUGUGAAGAAGCACUUGACUUGUUCUUGAGAAUGUUGAGAAAUGGCAUAGAGCCUGAUGAGGCCACAUUGGUUGUGACUCUCUCAGCUUGUUCUCAAUUGUUGGCCUUAGAUUUUGGAAGGUGGGUUCAUUCUUGUGCUAUGAGUACUAGCCUUGGCAACAUUACUUCAGUUUCGAAUUCGCUGAUCGAUAUGUAUAUCAAGUGUGGAGCUGUGGAGGAAGCAUAUGAAACGUUUGUGAAGAUGAAGGGGAAGGACAUAGUAUCCUGGAACACAAUGAUUCUAGGACUGGCAAUACAUGGACAAGCUGAGGAGGCAUUAGCAUUCUUUGUAAGGAUGUUGGAAGAAAAUCCUGAGACACCAAAUGAUGUAACUUUUUUGGGGGUGCUAUCCGCUUGUAGCCAUGGAGGGAUGGUUGAUGAAGGGAAGAAAUACUUUGAUAUGAUGUGCAAUAAGUAUUACAUUAAACCUACCAUAAAGCACUACGGAUGCAUGGUGGAUGUUUUAGGCCGAGCAGGUUUAGUGGAGGAGGCUUAUACAAUGAUAAUGAACAUGCCCAUGAAGUGCAAUGCCAUUGUUUGGAGGACAUUGCUGGCUGCUUGUAGUAUACAUAGAAAUGUCGAACUUGGGGAGAAGGUAAAGGAACAUCUUCUGGAGUUGGAACCGAAUCAUAGCACCAACUAUGUACUUCUUGCAAACAUAUAUGCAAGUGUGGGACAAUGGGAUGAAGCCAUGACCAUGAGGAAAUCAAUGCGGGAGAGAAGAGUACAGAAACCAGAGCCUGGUAAUAGCUUCAUUGGUAUCGCUCCUCAGGAGUUCAAAAAUUCUGUCCAAUGAGGGGCAUUUGGUUGGGAAGAUUGAAAUAUUACUCGAAUAAUUUAUCUUUUAUUACUUACAUUAUUUUAUUAUUAAUGCUUCUAAUGUAGGUUGAGUUUAUGGUGAAAUUUUGACAAACAACCAAAUUCAUUCU